AAACAUUACUCAUAGAAACUGAAUGUUGACUGCGUUUGAUCACGAGUGACUCAUACGCUCGUAGGUACUUGACUGAGUUUUAAAAUAGCAUGUUUAGUUUGAGGCGAAUUUACAACACUUCUAUUAUGUAAGAGUUUGUUACGCCUCGCUUAGUCGCUUUAUUUUAACUGCCUUAGUGGAUUUUCAGAAUUUUACAGCAAUCGUGUCGUCGUUAACGUGUUAUUAAAAUGGGUGACGCCACUAAUAAUAAUGCAAAUGAUGAGAAUGAUAUUCCUACUAUGUCCGCUGUCGAUAUACAGCAGAAUUUUUACGAAGCAGUGGGCGACGUGGAUUGGGAGCUAUAUGAGAAAAGAGAUCGCAAACAUCUUCUACAGAAGGUAGCGAUUGCCUUAUGUGGUCCGCCAACAAUGGAGGGUGAUUUGAUGACCAAUGGCAAUGACCUCAAGAUACAAGGCUAUGAACCUAGAAAUGAAGACACCAUUAUGAAAGUGUUUAACAAGAUUGUUGAGCAAGCCAAGUACUCUCACAAUGGAGAAAACAUUCUUUUAUCAAUACUAAGAGUCGUUUUCGUUACUCCUACUGAAGAAGUUCCGUUCUAUAAGAAAAAUCCUGACGACUAUUGGGUUGAUCUGCACUUAAAAAGAGGAAAGGAGCACGUAACAAUCGCCAUCUUUCAUGUAUUUUGUGUGAGGAAAUGUAUACCUUCACAAUCUGGAGGCAAAGGUUGCAGAGUGUACAUAGACCACGAUGCUAGAGUUUACCAAAACUGGAAGAAUUAUUUAACUGAGAACAAAUUACCAAAAGGAGUUGUGGUUGUUCCCAAAAACGGUGAAUAUAGAGGUAUCAUUUUAAAUAACAUAGAGGAUGCUACCAGUGAUGAUGUCGUUUGGCCACAAGUACAAUACACCGUUGAGCCAUCGCCUGCUUUAGGGCUGGGUGCUAAGGUUAUUAGCAUUGCUGAUACAACUAGCACGGUGGCGAGUAUCGGAGCCUUAGUCGGUGUAGUAGGCGUGAUGGCUGUACCGGUUGCAGCGCCGCUCACCGGUGCCGUGGUGGCUGUCGGCGCAGCCACUGCAGUGUACGGAAUCGUUCGCUCAACUAUCAACCUAGUUGACAGAGGCGUUCAUGAACAGGAUAUUGGAUUAAAGAAUUCCGAAGCACGUGGCAGUUGGAUAAAUAUUCUAGUCUCCACAGUGGGGCUCUCGUUCAGCGCCGCGGGCAAAGUGUUGACGUGGGCUGCCGCCUCAGGCACUAACGUCACGAUUUUCGUCAAUGCCUUCACAUUAUUGAAGUAUACCACCACCGCAGCUGGUUUAUGCGGUGUUAUUAACGGUUUCGUGGACAUGAUCCAUAAGUAUAACGUAUACAAGGAGACUCCAACAGGGUUAGAAAUAUUUCAAUUAACGUCAUCAAUGUUGUUCUUGGGCAUUGGAGUCAUGUCCAAUAAGACGGCUCAGGAGAUCGUACAAGACGCGCAAGCGAAAACUAUUAACGAUAUGAGAAGUACAUUGACUAGCAACGCCAAAAGGAAAAUGUUCGACAAGGUAACAGCAGAAACAAGAAGAGUGCAGGGCACUACUCAAGGGAACGCAGAAGUCAUAAGAGGUCUCAAGAUGAUUGAAAAUAAAAAUGAAUUCUUCGCCAAAUUAGCGAGAAUAAAUAAACAAAUGAACCAAAAUAAACUUAGAAUGUCAUUAGCACCCGAUGGUAAGCCACUUAUUAACAACCAGUUCAAAGUUGCCGUUUCAGAACUUCAAAAUUUGGGAAGUGAGGGACGGAAUCGUUUAUUUGCGAGCUAUGGACCUGCUAAUGUGACUACAAGGAAUGUGCCAACAAGAAUUUAUCCAUCAAAUACAUCAGCUGAAACAUGGUCCGCUACCCAAUUUAAUGAUAUUACAUGCUACAUUUGUACAGAAGAGUUAAUCAAAAUAACUAACUUCUUGAUCCAACUAAGCCAAUCGGAAAAAGAUUUCAUCUAUGAACUUUUAUCAGAAUUAAGUUAUUGUCUCCAGGACGCUUUCCUUUUGCUCUGCUCUGAGAUUGUGACCUCGAUACUGCCAAGGGAGCUCCAAAUUCUUGGCUCACACGUUACCUCAUACAUAGUGUUGUUCCUUUUCAACUUUAUAAAAAGGCGUAUUGCCUCAGUGGACGUCAACAUUGAGAAUGCAUCUGAAAUCGUGCUUAAUGAAUUGAUACAUCAUGGAAGAAUAAAACCAGCCACGUUUAAAAUGUUGAAAGAGAGAUUGAUGAAUAGGUUAGCAGAAAUAAAAAGUGGCAAAGUAAACUUUGACCUGGAAAUGUAUAAUGAAAUGCAUAAACUCCGAAGUGAUCCUAAGGCCUUUAUGACACUAGAAGCUGGGGAAGUGAUAGAUAUUGGAAUACAUACAGUUUUGAUCAAAGUGUCUACUAUAGAGAAGUUAGAGAAAUGGCUUGUUGGGUAUUCACAGGAAUAUUGCGACCUUUUCAUUGAUCUUUGCAUUAAAGUCGUCUCAAUGUUGAGUAUUCAGGAAGUGAAGAGGUUAAAUAUGGUUAAUCCCGAUGAAGAUUUAAUAUUAAGGGUAGCUGAUUUUGUUGUUUCAUGGCACGAUGUUGAGCUAGAAUUGAUUAGGUUUGAAGAGGAAGGAAUAUCGACGACUUUUAUUGUAAAUAUUAAGAAUAACCUUGUAAAUUACUGGAAUAAUCAAAGUUUACGAAAACACGAAGUCUGUAAUUUAUGCAACGGCGAGAGGUAUUUGGUGAAAUGAAGUCGUCUAAUGACUUAUGCCUAUAAUCCAAUUUAGUUAUAAUACUGCUUUCAUCUAUUAAGUCAAUCUAUGAUCGAAACUGCCUACGUCUUGAAGAAUAGGUAUUUUUGAAAACCGUAACAUUUUUGGUAACGAUUUAGUGCAUUUAUUUUAAACUGAAUAGCGCACAUCCAUUUGCUAGUAGUUUGCACAUUUAAGU